GUUAUGGGCCUUUAGACACAAAAAAAAGAAAAGAAAAUUUUUCAUUCUACUUAAUUUUGUGAAUUAGUGAAAAACUAUGACAAGCUGCCAAUUAUUGUGCCCAAUGGAAAGAUUUCGGGGUUGUGAGAAUUUUGAUGUCUGGAAGAGACUGGCAAAAUCGUUUUUGGUAAUAAAAGGUUGCUGGAAAGCUGUAAUUGAAGCUAUGCCGGACACGGAAUUGAAUGAAAAAGCUCUUGCGGAAAUCACAUUGAUGGUAGAUCCCAAUAAUUAUGGCCACAUUGCUGCCGCUACAACAGCGAAGGAUGCUUGGACUGUACUGAUUAAUGCCUAUGAGGAUACGGGACUAACAAGGAAGGUAGAACUAUUGAAGCAAUUGGUGAACAUCAAGAUGCAGAAUUACAAGACAAUUCAAGAGUAUGUGAACGAUUUGAUCAUCAUUGGCUUGAAGGACUGAGCGAUGACUUCAAACCAUUAGUUAUGGCCGUUGAAAACUCUAAGCAGAAUCUAACUGUGGAUAUGGUCAAAAAUCUUUUGCUCCAAGAUGCGAAAUUCGAUAAGGUUAGUGGAAAUGAUUCAGCACUUCAAGGUAAGUUUUCCAAGAAAAACAGAAAGCAA